UGGACGUGCUGUCGUAAAAAUUUCUCUGUUCUCAUGGGCAACAUAAUUAGAUAUUACUGGCAGCUGAUAAUGGAGGUGAGUAGAGUAGAUGGAGCUCCUGAGCCGUGCUUCGGGUUACUCAAUAGUCGCCAUUACCACUAUUAUGACACGCACACAGAAGCACCCACCACAAAACGUCCCACCGAAAAAGAAGAAGUAACCAAUAAAGUGAGACGAAAUAGAAUGAAAAGAAUAGAAAAAUUGGUGCAGGAAUGGUUGAUGCCGUGGACAGCAACAGCAGCGUCAUCAGGAGAGCCCCAAAGCAACUUUAUGGACAGUUUCGUCGCUAGUUAUUACGACCUUAUAUCUUUUCUAUUUAAAAUGUUUUGAAAAUAAACUGUUUAUGCAAAGUCCAUUGUUAAAACUCAGU